AUGUCGUGGCUGUUUCCCAGACGGCAGCGCACCGCCAUCGAUCCCCAGACAAUCGAGCAAGAGCAUGAUGUUGCUUCCAGGCUCGAGCUCUCGCCCUUUGGCGUCCCUCUCCAUCCGACCUCUGUACCGGUUGAUUCAAGCCGUGUUCAGAAACCCAGGAAAAGGCCCGUCAGCCGCCUAUUGACAGCUGAAGAUGGCUACACCCCCGGAAGCAACUCGCACAGAGGCCAUGCCCGGCUUUUGGGAGGGGCUUCCGCUGAUGUCGGUGUCAAUGCCAAUCCCAAAUCGGGGUUGAAUCUGGAAAAGUGGAUUCCUCUCUACGGCUUCCAGGGCCUUGUCAUGUUCAACAUCCACGACGACUACUCCCUCGUCGACGCUGUCGUCCGCCUCGCUCCACAGCAGCUCCUGAACUUUGCCUUCUACGAGGAGACGACGCCCGCAGAUGAAAGUUCCCAGGACAACAACGCAGCCGCCUUCAGCCGUGAGAUCCACGUCGACAUCAGGGCCCAGAACUACUGCCGCAACAAGAUUCGCUCCAUAUUCGGGUCUGACGACACCGAGAAGACCCACGCUCUCUUUGUGUACGCACGCGACGAGCAGCCACCGCCGUCAGGCCGAUGGCAGCCCGGGCCGGCCGACGAAACCGACAGCCACGCUGUCCUCCGCUGUGUCCGGCGAGAGUACAGCGAGCUGCAGGAUAUUGCUUAUCUCCGGCUGCCCGUCAACGCGGCUCACCUGCGCUACAACCAGUACGUCGUCUGGCUCAUGGUUGUGGCCCGCAUCUUGACGCCCGGCUCCGGCCUGCGGAUGCUGCGUCUCGAUGAUCUGGGCGUGGUCGCCCACAGUUUCGUCGGCAUCGACAACAGCCUGCAUUCUGAUCUGCGCACACACGGCGCUGCCGGCUUCUCGCACUGGUCGUGGCGCGAGCUCGUCCAGGACGCGAGCAACGGCAUCCGCUUGAUCGCACUGGACGUCAUACCCCUCGAUCGUGCCACCCUGGCCGUCAUGGUGCCGGGAAUGAAUCUGGGUCUCCGCGGCCGCCAUCAGCCCCAUGUCCUCGUUGGUCUUCACCGCCUCGGGGACCAUGCCGGUGACUUUUACGGCUCCCGUAACCGAACCGUUGUGGCUGAGUGCAUCAACAGCGUCGUCAACGCUUCUACCACCGCGGCCGAGAAGGAGAUGCUGCAGUAUGUCACUGUCUGGGGCAGCGGCGCCUUCUGGAUGUCCGAGGGUGCACCCCUGCACAAGUUUCCCCUGGCGCCCCAUUGGAUCGACUUUCCCACUGAUGCUGGCCUGUCGUCAGGCUUCGUCGUCGUUCGGCCCGGCUACCCAACGUACACGGCGCAUGUGUUUAGUCCUCGAGACGGCGCCGAUGGCGGGAACAACAGCAGCAGAAAUCUAACGCAUUUUGAGUUUAUCAUGGACGCAAAGCUUGACGCCUUUCGACAGCGUAUGCGAGAGGCUGGCCUUGGUCAUCUGGAGCAGAGCUGUCUGCGCAUCAGUCAGAAGGACCCAACACGCCCACAGAUCUCCGACACUGCUCGGUACAAGAAAAUGGAUGCCGAUGAGAGGACGCGCAAUAACCGCAUGGAGUUCAAUCUGGAGCCCACGGCGAGUAACGACAUGUGGAUGUUUAUCUGCAGCCAGAUUGUCGGGCAGGACAUUUAUAUUGAAGAAGCCCCUGCCGAAAGUAUUCUCCCGGAUGUUGAUCUUACGACGAAUCUCUGGGGUUACCGUUCGACCUACGACAACAUGUUUAGCCACAGCCAGCACAUCGAGGUCGCCAAAACUAUGCCGGCCGCAGCAGCAGCUCUUGUUGCUUCGGCUGCUGCAGCAGAACCUGCGAGGCAGAAGACGGCUACCAGCUUCUUCCAAAAUGCUGCUCAGUGGGGCGGCAAUCUCGUGUCCAAACGAAGGCAUCUUGAGCCAUUUCCGCUUCUCGGUGGCCAGAACGGUCAAAAUGGCCAGAGCAGGGCCGUUGACCCUUUGGGCUCCUGGAAGAUGCCUCUGAAAAUGUUCUUGCGCGGUGGUCCCGAUGCUCUUCCGUUUGCGGUCGGCCGAGCCGUGGCGACACCGAACGAGACGGCCGCCCUCAACCUCAUGGCUGCCGACCUGUACGAUCUAGCGCUGCAGCGUGUGGCCCCGUGUCCCUAUGCACAUGAAGAUUGCCAGUCCUUCUUCGUUGCCGGCCAAACUCAGGUGAUCCAGGCCCAUAUUGCAAAAGCACAUCCGCCGCAGAAGCAAUGUCUCUUUUGCGACCACUUCUUUUUAGCCGCCGCCAGCGUCAGUGAUAAGCUGGAUCACCUGAUUAACGUUCACCGGUCCUUCUUUUUCAGUGCUGCAAACGGCAACUCACUGCCACCUCCGCCACCGCCGCCACCAGCACCGCCAGCACCUCUAGCACCGCCAGCACCUCCAGCACCUCCAGCACCUCCAGCGCCUUCAGCGCCUUCACCAUCCUCAGCGCCCCCAGCACCCCCAGCACCCCCGGCAAAACCACAAGCUCCCCUUCGAGGUGGAGAUGGAAACAACGCAAACCCUGCUGCUGGCUCUCUUCAAACAGCAGGACCGACUGCUAAGAAGAAGCGCCAAGUGGGUGCAAAUCAGCAGAGUGAUCCACCCUACCGACCGGGACAAGACAUAAACGGAUCGUCGACGGACGAUAUUAGCGAUGAGGGAAAUGAUAUCACGGACGAUGAUUUGGUUGAAGGCAGUCGUCCGCGGAAAAGGAAGCACGGAACAGAAGACCCAACAUAUCGGCCGGCCAGAGAUGGAGAUGGAGAUGAAGAGGUGGAGGAAGGGAACAACAGCGCAUUUCAGAAAAGCAAGAAGACGAAGCGAGGAGCGGCCGCUGGCAGUCGACCAGAUCUUCAAGACUCUCUGUACCGCCCAGGGCGGAAUAUUGGCGUGUUGGAUUACUCGGAAGACGCGGACGAAGAACUAAGGAAGUCAGCUGCGACUGAAUGGGGUCGUGAUCCGUUUGACCCGACCGGUAAGCGAAAGCGAGUGAUCAGAGAGAAGCCUGUGGUGCCAGAGGAGAUGCUAGAGACGACGAGCACGAUUGCGGAGGUGGAAAAGCCGAAGACGGCAAAACCAAAGAAGACAAAAAAGACAAGACCAACUGGAGGGAUAGGGAAAACAGGGGGGACAAGAAAGACAAUGGGUCAGAUCCGGACACCGAAGCAAAAUAAGACGACAAAGCCCGUGAAGAAAGCAGAAGUGUUGAAGGCGGUAAUACCAGAACCAUCCGAGUUGCUGAAGCCGUCAAAGCAGAGCGAGACUCUGGUUUCUCAGUCGACAGCUGUGCCAGCAGAGGUCGCCCCCAGAAGGUCGGGCAGAAAGCGGAUACCGCGGAUGCUGCGGUAG